AUGGUUAAAAAACUCCCAGAGGAUUGUCUCGAUCAAAUUUUUAGAUAUUUCGUAGAAAAUGCAUGUUCCUUAUAUUCUUGUUUAUUAGUAAAUAAACAAUGGGCAUCCGUUGCUGUUCCCAUUUUAUGGACUAAUCCUUGGAAAUAUGAAAAACCUUUUAAAGAUGACGUUGAUGAAACUUUUUGGCCUUUAAUUAUCAAAGCGGUUUAUGCAUGUUUUUCAUUUGAAACAAAAGAUUUACUUAGGAAAAACGGUUUAGAUUUACUUUUACAAGGAUGUACAUCAGCAAUGCUCGAUUAUGUACGUUAUUGUCAACAUUUAUCACCAGAAAUUAUUGAUCAAUUAACACAUGAGAGAACUUUUAAUGAACAACGUGGAGAUCUUUAUCGACCUUUUCGAGAUCAACUAGUUGAACAAGAACUUUAUAAACUUUUCAUGUCAAGAUCUUCAUUACGACAUUUAGUUUUACCAAAGAUUCCUCUUUCAUAUUGUCCAGGAUUUGGUUUAUGUUUACAAAAACUUCGGGAACUUGUUUGUCGUUCAGAUCAACCAGUUGAUCUUUUUUAUGGAUUGGCACAAAUUUGUAGAAGUAUACAAGGAAUAAUAGUAGAUCCUUGUAUUGAUGAUAAUGCAGGUCUAGCAGCACUUAUUGAAUUUCAAUCAAAUUUAAAAUAUUUAGAGAUACAUGCACCAGAAGUUCGAGCUGUUGAAUGUACAUUAAUAGGAAAAGCUAUUAUGUCACAAGCACAUUCAUUGAUUUAUGUUCAUUUUCAAGGAUUUUUAUGUAUUCAUCCAUCAACACUUGCAUCAUUAUCUAAUUUAAAAACUUUAAAACUUUUUAUGUCAGGACAUAUUACUAAUAUUCAACAAUUUGCAUCAUCAACAUUUCCAAAACUUGAAGUACUUGAUAUAUUUUGGGAUGAACAUACACCAUUCGAUAUUUUUACCAUGUUAAUUCAAAAUACUAAAGGAUCACUUAAACGAAUAUAUUGGAAUACAGAUUGUCCACCAAAAGAUUCAGAGGAUAUUCGAGCAUACCUUAAUAUUCUAACACAUAAUGCAUUUUCCAAUCUUACAUUUGCAACAGUUUGGUGGACAGAAGAAGUAGAUCGAGAAUUUGAAAAAUUUUUAAAAACAUGUUCAAAUUUACAAGCACUUAAAGUUUGUUCAUUUCCUUUGGAUGGAAUUCCACAAUCUAUAACAAGAUUAUUACAAAUUUUAAAUAAAAAUGCACCAAAAGGAUUAAACGUUUUAGAUAUUGAUGGAGAUUGGAUUUUAACACCAGAUCAUCUUGCAAAUUUUCUUGAAUCCUGGAGAAAAAAACCACGAUUAUCAUUAUUUAUAUCACCAAAAAUUACUUUAUCCGAUGAACAUAGACAUUUGAUAAAUAUUUAUCGAGAUGAAGGAGUUUUAAAACAUUUUCAAGGAGCGGAAUUUCUUGAUGAGGUUGAAUGUUUAAAGGACAUUUUCGAUUUAUGGUUACCUUCUUCUUGA